UUGCAGAGCUCCCUGAAAAUACAAAAUGUCAGGCGAAGAAGACAAAGCCGAGAAGAAGGUGGAAGCCGUCCCUGAUCCAGAGUUAGACGACCUCCUGAAUGACGCCAUCCAAGACUUUAACAAACCUCCGCCUGCAAAGCCCAGCGCCGAAGCUCCCAGCGGCGACUUGGCCUCAGCAAUGGCAGCUCUGGGUGUCGGUGCUGCCGUGUCACAGGGAGGCGGGCAGAAUAACAUAUGGACAGAGGAGUUCAUCCAGCAGGCAACGGCUAAUUUCGAGAAGACGAUGAGAACGCUUAUGGAACAGCAGGAAGGUGCAGGGGACAAGAAGCCGGAAGAAGUUGCCCCACAGCCACCACCCGGAGAAGCCCCGCCUCUCGAUCUAUCGUCAAUGUCGGCGGAAUUUGCCAAAUUCGCAGAGGCUGCUACCAAGACUGUUUCCGAGGCCCAGUCUGACGCGGACUUCACUCAGUGCCUUGCUGAAACCAUGCAACAGUUGUCUCAGAAUAAUGAGCAACUUCAGAGUGUUCCAACUGCAGACGAUCUGAACAAGAUGUUUGAGAACCUAGGUUUUGGAGGAGGAGGAGAAGGAGAAGGAAUGGGUGGACUCUUCCCCUUGAUGCAGGUCAUGCUGGAAAAUAUCCUGUCGAAGGAGGUGCUCUAUCCGCCCAUGAAGGAGAUCACAGAUAAGUAUCCGGAUUGGCUUGCUGACAACCGGAACAGUCUCCCGGCAGAAGAAUUUGAACGAUACAACAAACAGUUUGAAGUCAUGAAACAGCUUGUACAAAUGUAUGAAGAAGAAAAGGAAACCGAUUCUGAUGAAGUGAAGGGACAACGCUUUGAGAAAAUCAUGCAGCAUAUGCAAAAGCUACAGGAAAUGGGACAACCCCCAAAGGAACUGGUGGGGGACAUGGGCCCGGUGAUCAACUUUGACGCCGCUGGCAAUCCCGUUCUGCCCGACAUGUCCACUCUCCUCGGGGCAGCUGGAUUCCCGGGCGGCCAGGACGGAGCAGCCCAAGAUCCCACUGGGGCACCGUCAGACCAGCAGCUCCCUCAGGCGGAACAGUGUUCUCUCAUGUGAUUGAUGGAAUGACAUAUACCGCCUAGUCAAAAGAAUUGUUUGUUUUCUUGUUUAUAUCUCCAGAGUUCUACAAGAGUGCUGCUGCAUUGCAAAGUUGGGCAUGAGUGAAAUAUUCAGUAUCAGUUUGCAGCCAUUUAUGAUUAAAUGGAUAUUUUUUCAUGUAUUGUAGCUGAAAAUGGGAUAAAGAUGUGUUCCACAUUAUCAGAUCAGGUUAUCUAUCUGUACUAAUGGUUACUUGAAGUCAUUGGAGUAAGAUUUCACAGUGCUUAGACAUGGCACAGUAUGAAAAUCAUCACAACUAAUCGCAGGAUAUAAAUUACCCUUUUUGUCACUGUAAUAAUUGCUGGAUUGUAUAGCUUACGUAGAAGUGAUUAUUUAUAGUCUUUACAUUUUAUUAUCCUCGACUUAUCCAAGUACAAUACUGGUUAUUCCAUUAUCGUAAAACACAUUGCAAUUACAUAAAUAUAUGUGUAAUAAAUUAUUACUUCAUUUGUUGUACAGAAAGCGAUUUUGACAAGAUUAUUCUAUUCCAUGUGGCAUUAAUAGAGAACUUCUCUUGAUUUACUAUACUAACCUGUA